AUGCAAAAGGCAAUGAAAAGCGCAGAAUAUAUAAAAGCUAAUAAUGACUGGUUAGAUACCCAAGCCAACGCUAAAGCAGCCCAACUUAUAGGGUCAAUAAGGACAAAAAUACAAGCGGAUGAAGACAGUUCAAAUGAAGCUUUAACAAAUGCUGACUUUAAGAACGCCUUCGAAGCUCUUCAUAGUAAGGUGAAACUAGUGAACGACUUCUCAUCUGGAAAGAAACUGAAGUCUGAAGGUUUCGACAAAGAGUUAAGAGAAGUAGCACAAAAUAUGACGAAAAUAACAGAUGCAGCAACGAGACAGGCAGUUCAAAGUGCCUAUGACGCCGUUAGAGCAACUGUUGUGGAAAGUCAAGAAAAAGAGUUACAACAGACCAAAACAGACCUAGUAAAUGCUUUCUUAAAAACGAAAAGUCAGGUAGGACAUUAUGCUGCAGAUGGAACAUAUGUGCCAGCUGGUGGAACUUAUAUACCACCAAACCCUCCAAGAGAAGCACCUGCACCAGGACUACCUAAAACAUUUACAUCGUCACAUGGACACAGACACAGGCAUGCACCAAAACCAACACAACAACCAACAGUUCAAAAUCCAGCACCACAACAACAACCAAAACCAACAGUUCAAAACCCUGCACAGCAACCAAUAGUUCAAAAUCCAGCACAGCAACCAACAGUUCAAAAUCCAAAGUUGGACGAUAAAAAUCUCUGCUACUGA